AUGCGGGACCAGUCGCGGGCAGAGCGGGCGGCGGCGGCUCGGGCCGAGGCCGAGGCGCGUAAGAAGCGCGAGCAGGGCUUCAAUCUUCGGCUGCAUCCCGAGGGAAGCCAGGGCUCGCCGCUCGACACAUACGACUCGCUCUUCGACCCGGCGCUGGCCUCUUACUUUGCCAACCCGCGUGUCCACCGGUUCCUCCUCGACAACGGGCUCAUCGACCGGACCGGCAAGGUCAUCGACAUUGAGGCCAACAAAGCCAAGCUCUUUAUUCUCGAGCAAGAGCUGCGCAACGCCGAGAAGGCCGAGUGGCUCCGUCUCCGUGAGGAGGCCGAGGCCGAGCGCCGCCGCCGCAAGCUCGAGGCCGAGCGCCAGGCUCACGAGGAGCGCGCAGCCCUUGUUCGCCAGCGAGUCAUCGAGCGCCGCAAGCGCCGCCUCGAGCAAAAGGCCGCGCGCGAUAAGAUUGCGCCCAAGUCGUUCCGCCCAUUUGACUCGCCGCUCCUUGCCGACGCCGACACCCAUCCCUCCUCCCGCUCGCCGGGCGCCCAUGCUACGCGCUCCAAGCAGGCCAAGCCCCUCACUGACGAGGAGAUUUCGGCCCAGCUCGAGUCGACCCUUGCCCGCAUCGAUGCCGUCAACUCGUCAUUGUAGGCGAUACACACCAGCUGCAUGCAGCUAACUGCCUC